AUGUCUGCAAGCACACUUGGCAACGCGGUUUAUUUCCCACUAUUCCUGCGAUGGCUCUAUGACACCCUUGUCCUCGGCUUUUACUGCCAGUUCGCCUGGGGAUGUCCCAAAGAUGUGCUCCAGGGUCACUACAGCAAGCACGUCUCCGCUCUUAUCAAACCUAAGGCACGACUGUUGGAUAUCGGCGUCGGCACUGGCUACUUUAUUCAGAGUGCCCCUCUACCUGCAGGGUCGGCAGUUGUUUUGGCCGAUAUCAAUAAGAACCCUCUGGCCGAGGCUAAACGACGUAUUCAACUGGCACAUUCCGACGUCAUUGUUGAAACAGCUCGAGCUGACGUAUUCGUGCUCGGCGAUGUCACCACCUCGCAGCUGCCUUUAUCUCUGCAAAUGAGUGGCACCAACAGAUUCGACGUCACCUCUUGUAUGCUACUAUUGCACUGCCUACCCGGCAGUGCCAAGCGGAAAGGAGAGGCUAUGGCCGGUCUAGGUCGGCUGUUGAAUCCAGACGGUGUUCUCGUCGGCGCAACGGUGUUAGGUGGUGGAGUGAGGCACAACGCCUUUGGUAGGCUCCUCAUGUUUUGGCACAACCUCCUGGGUGUUUUCCAUAAUAACGAUGACCACGCGGUCGACAUUAUUAGGCCAUUGGAGGCCGCAUUUAAGUCUGUAGAGUGGCGGGUGAUUGGAACGACGCUUCUCUUUGAGGCAAAGGCACCCAAAGCUUGA